GUGGCUGACACCCAGAGAACGAUAUGGCUGCUUCCCCAACACGACUCAUGCUAAUCUCUCUCCUCUGCCAGCUGACAGUGUCAGCAACCUCUGAAGCCUUGAAGGAGCUAGUUGGGGCCGUCGGUGGAUCUGUGAUCUUCUCUCUGAAUUUCACAGUAAAGCAAGUUGACAGUAUCUCCUGGCUCUUCAAUGAAACCACCACUCUCGUCACUGUACAGCCUGCCAUUGGAGAAGAGCAAAUCACUUUUAUAGUAGCACAGAAACGUAACAAGCCCAGGGUGCAUUUCCAAGAUGGAGGCUACUCUUUGACAUUCAGCCAACUGAAGAAGACUGACUCAGGCAUCUACUCUGUGAUGAUACACAGCUCAGACUCCCAGUCUCUCCUCCCCAUGAAGUACAGGCUGCAUGUCUAUGAACACUUGUCAAAGCCCAAAGUCACAAUGGGACUGUACAGCAAUAAAAAUGGCACUUGCAUAACCAAUCUGACAUGUUCCAUGGAAGAGGGAGGAGAGGAUGUGACUUACAGCUGGAAGAUCCUGGAGCAGGCAGCCAAUGAGUCUCACGAUGGCUCCAUCCUCCCCAUUUCUUGGACUUUGGGGGAAAAUGAUGUGACCUUCAUCUGCACAGCCAGGAACCCUAUCAGCAACAAUUCCUCAAGCCCCAUCCUUGCCCAGAAGCUCUGUAGAGGUGCUACUGGUGACUCAGGUUUCCCUCCGAUCCUCUUAUAUAUCCUGUUGGCAUCCAUUCUGCUAUGCCUCCUGGUACCAGUGGCAUUUCUUUUGAUUAAGAGGACAAAGAGAAGAAAAGGCUUCUGCUGGCUCUGUCCCCCCGACCUGAGAAAUGAUGGCCUUCCUCAUUGAUGCUUCCAAGGACCAAUAUCCUUCAAUCAGCCCUUCCUAUUCUCAUCCCUGUCAAGAGCCCACAGACAAGCCCCAGUCUUCUCCACUGGGUCAACUCUUGAGAUCUCUCUUUUCUCUUCACCUCAGCACAAACACAUUCCCCCUGGAAAAGCUAUUCUUUGCCUCCAUGCUGUACACGAUGCUCUGUCUCUAGGCCCUGCUGAUUUCCUCUCUAAGCCCCUCACUGAUACUGUCCACCUGGGAUGUGAGAGAGAGGCCUGGACACUGAAAACACCCUGAAAGCAUUUAUGACCUUCCUUGUUUCCCACUCUAGUCACCUGGGUUCCAAGGCUGGGAGUGAAGGGGGCCUGAUUUUCCUGAUUUACUUGGGAUUUUCCCAGGUUUGACACCGAGAGUCCCCUACCCCGGAAAACCCUUCAGUUGCAGGGCACAUGGGGUAGCUGUGACCCUCAGUGGGCCGUCCACAUGAGAUGAUAGGCUAGCAAGAGUGGUGAGUGGUGGAAUAGGCAGGCUUUGAGUCUCUCUCUCUCUCUCCUUGGUUUCAGAACCUGUUGAAAGCAAGAGUGGAAUGGACAUCCACCAGGAAAUUCCUCACUCCUAUCCUUAUUUUGCAGAGAACACAGAGUAUGACACA